AUAUAAGAGAGGACAAAAAGGUAAGUGUGAGUCACUGAUUCUCUCAUUUGAAAAGAAAAUAAAACGAAAGAAAUAACAACAUCCUCUAUUCUUACUCGCUCUAUUCCUCGUUCGUUUCUUCACUUGCUUCCGUUGUUCACGAUGAUGAAGGCGGCUUUAAAGGGCAAGUACGACAUCGACCGUAACGGCGGCGCCGCCGCAACAGUUGCCGUCAACGCCGGCGAUGUCAAGCUCCGCGCCUCCGUCACCGACGCCACCUUCGUCAACGGUCCCAGCCUCACUGGUUUGGCCCUCGCUGUUGAGAAACCCGGUUCCUUCAUCGUCGAUUACAAUGUCCCCAAAAAGGACUUCAGGUUUCAUUUUAUGAACACUGUAAGGGUUGCGGAGAAGCCAUUGAAUUUGACUUAUAUUCAUAGCAGGGGUGAAAACAGGACCAUUUUGGAUGGGACUUUGGUGUUUGAUGCUGCUAACAAGGUUUCUGCUAACUAUGCCCUUGAUUCGGGAAACUGCAAGUUAAAGUACACCUAUGUUCAUAAUGGGUUGACCACCUUCGAGCCUGUUUACGACGUAGCAAAGAAUUCGUGGGACUUUGCUGUUUCUAGGAGGGUUUAUGCCGAUGACUCUUUUCGGGCAACAUAUCAGACUUCGAGCAGGAUGUUGGGGUUGGAGUGGUCCCGGAAUUCCAAGCAAACUGGCUGCUUCAAGAUUGUAGCAUCCCUCAACUUGGCGGAGGAAUUGAAAGUUCCGAAACUCAGCGCCGAGACGACAUGGAAUUUCGAAAUGUAGUUUACUUUUUCUGGUAUCUUGUCCCAAUUGCUUGAUGGGUUUUACUAUCAAGUUUUGACUGAUGUCUCACACAUCACAGUCCACAUUUUACAUUUGAAUCUUGUAUACUUGAAAUCAAUUUGAUCAUCUUGUUACUCUCCAUUAAUUGUUCCACAUACAGUUUGUUCUUUUUGAACUAAUGUCUUUUUAUUUUUUAUAUUCUAUAUUUCUUUUUCGCUAA